AUGUGCUGGCACAAAAGAAUCAUCUUCAGCGUCUGCUACCACUCGCGCUGGGGACCAGAGACGGCCAAGUGCGACGCCGAAAAGGCCUACGAGGCAGGGCUCCGUGGGGAGGGCUGCUACCAGCGCUGGUCACACCCGCGUGACGUCGUCCGCGUCGAGGUCAAGUGCCGCAAGUGUGUGCUGGACAAGCAGCGGACGGAUGAGCAGUUUGCCAGGGUGAGAGCCGUGCUUGCCUCGCUUCGUGAGGCCGUCGAUGCCGUGGCUGUCGUCCCCGAAGAGGCCGUUACCGUCUUGGGCGUUGGCGACGAUCAUGGUGCGGUUCCGCCCUUGGCUAUGGGCCGGAAUGGGCGAUUGUCAGCCUCUUCAAGUUCUGGCAGCUCAGCCAGCGGGCUUGAUUUGAAUGUCGAGAAGGGUGAAAAUAUUUCUCUUCCGAGUGAAUGGACUGGUCGCCCUCGCUGGAGAUCGCGACAUUACGUGCCCGUCAAGGCAGACUGCGAAAUAUUCUAG